AUGUUGCGCCUUCGCGCAUCUCUGCCUCUACUGCGCAGCCGCAGUGUCUUCGGAGCGCAGAAAGCGGACCUGCGAAACAGAAAAAUGGCCCUCGAUAAUUUGAUUUUCGCCCAGUGCAUUUUUUAUUUUUUAGCCUUCGUCUUCGGUUUCAUCGCCGUAGUGCCCCUGUCAGAAAACGCGGAGGAUUUUAGAGGGAAAUGCCUGCUGUUCACGCGGGGCAUGUGGCAGAAUGAGAACAUCACAGUGUCGAAGCAGCGCUUCAUCGUGGAGGAGUGGGGACCGGAGUCUUCCUGCAGCUUCAUCACUUUUGUCGGCAUCGCGUCCCUCGUCCUGUCUGCAGUGCAGGCAUGGAGACUGCUGUUCUUCUUGUGCAAAGGACACGACGACUCCAUCUUCAAUUCCUUUCUCAACCUGGUUAUCAGCUCCUUAGUGGUGUUCACAGUCUUCCUAUCCAGUACCAUUGUAAGCGUAGGUUUCAACCUGUGGUGUGAUGCCGUCACAGAGAGUGGGACCAUGCCCAGCAGUUGCGAGGACCUGCAGGAUACAGAUUUAGAACUUGGCCUGGACAACUCUGCUUUCUAUGACCAGUUUGCAAUAGCUCAGUUUGGUCUGUGGGCUGCCUGGCUCACUUGGCUUGGGAUCACAGUGAUAGCCUUCCUGAAGGUCUACCACAACUACAGGCAAGAAGACCUGCUGGACACCUUGAUCCACGAGAAGGAACUGCUGCUCGGUCACUCCUCACACCACGGCUCUGACCUCAAGACCGGCCUGAUCUAGAAACUAUCGCCCUGCAAAAAUACAAACACACAUUCACACUCAACCCAACAGUCCACUAGCCUGCCAUGAGAAACACCGUUUGCCUGUGUAGACAAUCAAAAUCAUUUGGCUUUGCUUCCAUUGUCUGUGAAUUGAAUCAUGGAUUUUACCUUCAUCCUCAAGAUGUAAAUGGUACUCACCCAAAACUGUACCCUUAAGUGCUAAUUUUUGAAGAGACCUGCCUAACUGAAUUAAUUAAUCCACUGUGUGCAUCCUACUUUAAAACACACAACCCCAGCCAAGCUUUAAUAGUAUUAAAACUAUUUAUUCAAAACAUACACGCAGCUUGUAUUACGUUAAAGUUGCAAGUACUGUAUCUAUAAACAAAGUAUUCAUGACUGGA